GUGGAUUUCAACAUCUGAGCCGGCAGCAUCACGACGCUUCCCCCUUUCAACGCCCAAUUCUCAGACCGGUCUUGUCGUCCACACACCACCCGACAAGAUGCCUACCCGUUUGUCGAAGACCCGCAAGCACCGCGGCCACGUUUCCGCCGGUUACGGUCGUGUCGGCAAGCACCGCAAGUCCCCUGGUGGUCGUGGUAUGGCCGGUGGUCAGCACCACCACCGUACCAACAUUGACAAGUACCAUCCCGGUUACUUCGGUAAGGUUGGUAUGCGUUACUUCCACAAGACCCAGCAGAAGUUCUGGAAGCCCACCAUCAACCUCGACAAGCUGUGGACUCUCGUCCCCGCCGAGAAGCGUGAUGCCUACCUGAGCGGCCAGAAGACCGACACCGCCCCCGUCAUCGACCUCCUGCCCCUCGGCUACUCCAAGGUCCUCGGCAAGGGCCGUCUCCCCCAGAUCCCCCUCGUCGUCCGUGCCCGCUACUUCAGCCGUGAUGCCGAGCAGAAGAUCAAGGAGGCCGGUGGUGUCGUUGAGCUGGUCGCAUAAGCGUUGAAUAUUGGUGUUUUUUGCCCGGGAGAAGGCGGGUGAAUCGGGGCAAGCGUAGCCCACUGGAUUACUGUGGGGUCUGCGUUCGGUCUUGUGGAGGAAAUCUUUUCAACUGUCUUAUCCUGUCGGAGGAGGACGAUCGGAAAACUCGAAAAAAGGCCGCCACGAGCCGAGAUGGUUUGGUUCGGGGGCGUUCCAAAAGAAAAAGGGUUUUUGUGUAUGCAAAUCAGCAUAGCAUGGCCUCCGAAUGCCCUUACGAUUUCACAUUGUGUUAAACAAAUA